AUGUUCAAAUUACCUCUCCUCGUCCUUGCUACCUUUCUGGCCUCUCUUCUUGCUUCUCCCAUCUCGCCACCCGAAGCUCUCGCUGCACGUCAAAAUACUGGAUGCUACUGCGGCACUAUAACAGGCUCCUCCUGUGGUUCACGUACCUCCUCCGGCGUCUCCCUCUCGGGUGACUGCUCAGGGAAUGUCCUCUACUACUGCUCAGCACGAUUCGGAAAUGCGGAGGUCGAGGAUACUUGUUUGAUCUGUGAUGCGAGUGGUCAGGAUGGAUAUGAUAGUUGCGCACUGGGGUUGGGUGUCAGUAGUAAUGGGACUUUGGGGUUAUAG